AUGGACAUUCUUAAUAACGGACCCACUGAAGGACGCCCUUUAACACCAGAUUCACGAUGUGCAAUUUGUUUGGAUGAUUUAAACAAUAAAUGUUAUACAAAUGCAUGUUUACAUUUGUUCUGUUUUGAAUGUUUACAACGAUGGUCAGAUUCUGAACCAACUUGUCCAUUAUGUAAGAAAAUGUUUAAUUAUAUUUAUCAUUCAUUUGAUGAUCUGGGCGUCCAUGAGACAUAUACUAUUCCUAUAAUAAACAGAAUGCCAGGUCCAAUUCCAAGAAGUCCUAGAAGUCCAAGUCCUAAUAACAUGCAGCCAUUUAGUGAAAUUCCAAAUGGUAACAGAUCUAGUUUUGAAUCUGAAUAUGGUGGUUUACCUCGAAUAUCGUUUCAGUCUCAAGUAAGAAGAGGUUCAUUAGGUCAACCAAUCGACAGGAGGCGAAGAACAUCUAAUUUCGAAUCUGAAUAUGUUGAUUUACGUCGUAUAUCAUAUCAAUCUCAAGUAGAAAGAGGUUCAUCAAAUUGA